UUGACAGCUGGCAAUUCAGCACGCACUAUUAAAUUUUAAUCAACUGCAACUUACAAUGGAGCAGGAGGAAUUGGUUGAAAUGGAAAUUGACAAGGCAGACAAUGCCUCCAGCUCAUCGAACGACGACAGCGAUGAGUAUAUGGACGUGGAGGAAGAAAGCCCACGUGGGCGCAAGAGCGUAACCUCUAUUAUAGCCGAAAUGGCAUUAAAAACUGAGCAGGAAGCUGUCAACAGCUACAGCAAAAUCAGCAACACUGCCGAGGAUAAGCUCAAGCGUCAAGAGUUGAGUCGCCUAACGCCAGCGGCUAGGGUGGCCUAUGCGCGCGAUCUGGAGACCGCACUCUAUGAGCUGAGCCAGCGUGAGGCACGAGAAUUGUCGCGCAGCAAGCACCUGCGCAUCUUUGGCACCAGUCGACGUCGCUAUAGCAAAUAGCCGAGGGGGAAACUCAACUCGCAACUGACAUGUAAAUCUGCUUAGCGUAGCCGCCCAUCUUCGAUAUCAAAUAAAUGGUCAAUG